CCUUCGCCGCCGGCGAGCUGCAGUCCAGCCGACUCGGGCGCCCUGGCCCUCGGCGUGUCAUUUCCAACACGUAGCGCCGCAGAGCGUGUGUUCAGGGAGUGUUUUCUUCGCCCGUGCAGAAAUCGUCCUGUUAACCAUAAUAGUAGGAUCUUGAAAGAGCGACGCCUCGGCCUCUGACCCGACACAUGAAAGAUAAGAUCAGUGAAAGAGAAGCACCAGAAGUAAAGAAACUUUUACAGUCAUUCUUGAUUUGACUGUUAACGCUGAUCCCCCAAGGCAAAGUAAAGAAUUCUGAAGCUGAUGGUCAUCCGUUUAGAAGAACACAUUGAACUUAAAAUUUUCUGAAGAAUCAGUUCAAAAUACCAAAAAAAAAAAAGGAGAAGUACAAAUGUCUACCACAAGACGAAAACGUAAUAUGUUACGUUGUUCACCGUAAGCUGUAAUAAAAUGAGCUCGAUUGUCGACAGAGAUGAUGGUAGUAUUUUUGACGGGUUGGUGGAAGAAGAUGACAAGGACAAAGCAAAAAGAGUAUCUAGAAACAAAUCUGAAAAGAAACGUAGAGAUCAAUUUAAUGUUCUCAUUAAAGAACUGGGAUCCAUGCUUCCUGGUAAUGCUAGAAAGAUGGACAAGUCUACUGUUCUACAGAAGAGCAUUGAUUUUUUACGAAAACAUAAAGAAAUCACUGCACAGUCAGAUGCUAGUGAAAUUCGACAGGACUGGAAACCUACAUUCCUUAGUAAUGAAGAGUUUACACAGUUAAUGUUAGAGGCUCUUGAUGGUUUUUUUUUAGCAAUCAUGACAGAUGGAAGCAUAAUAUAUGUGUCUGAGAGUGUAACUUCAUUACUUGAACAUUUACCAUCUGAUCUUGUGGAUCAAAGCAUAUUUAAUUUUAUCCCAGAGGGGGAACAUUCAGAAGUUUAUAAAAUACUCUCUACUCAUCUGCUGGAAAGUGAUUCAUUAACUCCUGAAUAUUUAAAAUCAAAAAAUCAGCUAGAAUUCUGUUGUCAUAUGCUUCGAGGAACAAUAGACCCAAAGGAUCCAUCGACCUAUGAAUAUGUGAAAUUUAUAGGAAAUUUCAAAUCAUUAAACAGUGUGUCCAGUUCAGCACACAAUGGUUUUGAAGGAACUAUACAACGCACACAUAGACCUUCUUAUGAAGACAGAGUUUGUUUUGUAGCUACUGUUAGAUUAGCUACACCUCAGUUCAUCAAGGAAAUGUGCACUGUUGAAGAACCUAAUGAAGAGUUUACAUCUAGACAUAGUUUAGAAUGGAAGUUCUUAUUUCUAGAUCACAGGGCACCUCCCAUAAUAGGAUAUUUGCCAUUUGAAGUUCUGGGAACAUCAGGCUAUGAUUACUAUCAUGUGGAUGACCUAGAAAAUUUGGCAAAAUGUCAUGAGCACUUAAUGCAAUAUGGGAAAGGCAAAUCAUGUUACUAUAGGUUCCUGACCAAAGGACAACAGUGGAUUUGGCUUCAAACUCAUUAUUAUAUUACUUAUCAUCAGUGGAAUUCAAGACCAGAGUUUAUUGUUUGUACUCACACUGUAGUAAGUUAUGCAGAAGUUCGUGCUGAAAGACGACGAGAACUUGGCAUUGAAGAGUCUCUUCCUGAGACAGCUGCUGACAAAAGCCAAGAUUCUGGGUCUGAUAAUAGAAUAAAUACAGUGAGUCUCAAGGAAGCACUGGAAAGGUUUGAUCACAGCCCAACACCUUCUGCUUCUUCCCGGAGUUCAAGAAAAUCAUCUCACACAGCAGUCUCAGACCCUUCCUCAACACCAACAAAGAUCCCAACAGAUAAUAGCACUCCUCCCAGACAACAUUUACCAACUCAUGAAAAGAUGGCACAAAGGAGGUCAUCAUUUAGUAGUCAGUCCAUAAAUUCCCAGUCUGUUGGUCAAUCGUUAACUCAGCCAGUGAUGUCUCAAGCUGCAAAUUUACCAAUUCCACAAGGCAUGUCCCAGUUUCAGUUUUCAGCUCAAUUAGGAGCCAUGCAGCAUCUUAAAGACCAGUUGGAACAACGGACACGGAUGAUAGAGGCAAAUAUUCAUCGACAACAAGAAGAACUAAGAAAAAUUCAAGAACAGCUUCAAAUGGUUCAUGGUCAAGGGCUCCAGAUGUUUUUACAGCAAUCAGCCUCUGGAUUGAAUUUUGGUUCUGUUCAACUUUCUUCUGGAAAUUCAUCUAGCAUCCAGCAACUCACACCUAUAAAUAUGCAAGGUCAGGUUGUUCAAACUAACCAAAUUCAAAGUGGAAUGAAUACUGGACACAUUGGUGCAACUCAGCAUAUGAUUCAACAGCAGACUUUACAAAGUACAUCAAGUCAGCAGAGUCAACAGAAUGUACUGAGUGGGCACAGUCAACAAACAUCUCUUCCCAGUCAGACACAGAGUACUCUUGCAGCCCCACUGUAUAACACAAUGGUGAUUUCGCAGCCAGCAGCCGGAAGCAUGGUCCAGAUUCCAUCUAGUGUGCCACAAAACAGCACCCCGAGUGCUGCCGUAACUACAUUCACUCAGGACAGACAGAUAAGAUUUUCUCAAGGUCAGCAACUUGUGACCAAAUUAGUAACUGCUCCUGUAGCCUGUGGGGCAGUCAUGGUACCUAGCACUAUGCUGAUGGGUCAGGUGGUGACUGCCUACCCUACUUUUGCUACACAACAGCAGCAGUCACAGACAUUGCCAGUUACAUCACCACAGCAGCAGCAACAGCAGCAGCAGAAUUCCCAGGAACAGCAGCUUACUUCAGUUCAGCAACCAUCUCAGGCUCAGCUGACCCAAACACCACAGCAGCAAUUUUUACAGACUUCUAGGUUGCUCCACGGGAAUCCUUCAACACAGCUUAUCCUCUCUGCUGCAUUUCCACUACAACAGAGCACUUUCCCUCAAUCUCAUCACCAGCAACACCAGUCUCAGCAGCAGCAGCAGCAGCUGAAUCGACACAGGACUGACAGUUUGACCGACCCUUCCAAGGUUCAACCACAGUAGCACAUGUGCCACCUCUCCGACCUCAAGGGAGGAAGGGGUUGGUCCAUAAAAAGUUGCUCAGCUGAUCUGAGGAUAGAAGUUAAAGUCCCAGCAGUUUCAUGAGAUGCAGUAUUGAGUGUACUUUUUCCUGGAAUCCGUUAGCAGGAAAAAUACUGCCUAGUGCUGUAGAUGUACAUUGAAUACCAGCCAGCAGAUGAUCAUAGGGCGGUAGCCAAUUCUGACAGUGUUUUACUUGCCCAGAUAUUUUCUUUUGAUGGAAAAAAGAGUAUAUUGCCAAAUGUUAAGCUCAGCUAUGUAACAUGACCUCCAGUUAAUCAGAGAGGCGCUAACAAUGUUAGUGACUUUUAGUGGUUCUGUGCCUGUUUUCAAGUGUUACAGAGGAUACGCCACUGCCAUGUCAGGGUUUGCUUACAAUGAUGCCAUGAAGACAGUCCAGUAGACUCAGUAGGUCCCCUGCCCCUGCCCCUGUCCGUUUUCAGAUAAUGAUGGAAUAGUAGUUUCAGAAUGUUGUGUAGGUUCAAAUUCUCUAUGUGUAGAUGCUGUAAAAAUACUAUGUAUGUGUCUGGAUAAAAGGUGAGGAAAGCAAAACAUUUUGUAUGCUGCAUGAAAGCAUAAUCUCCUCAUAGGUAUGAGUACAUUUCCUUAGAUUCUGACACUAUGUACAAACAAAUAUAUCCUCUGUUUUUCCUUUUGUUUACAACAUAUAGUAUUCUAUUUACUUUUCCAGGGCACAAGUCUUUUUGUUCAUACUUUGGCUGUGAUGUCACAGUUUGUUCAGUGAGGUAUGAUGUGCUGCUGGGAAUGGAUUUUUUUUUUUUUUUCAGGUUAAAUUAUUGAAACAACAGGAUUUUCAAGUUACUCAGAAAUAUCCCUCAUUUCAUUAUUUUUCAGUUACGUUUGAAAAUAGGAUUUGCACUGCUUUUUUUAGAUGGUUGGGAGUUUUGAUCCAUUUUGAUAUAGUUCAUAGUUGGAAAUAGUUGCGUAAACAGUUUUCAACAAGUCUGAAAGUAAUUUCAAGAAUGUUUCAGUUAUAGCGGUAAAAUUUGCACACAAAACAUUUUGGCACUUUUUAACAUUCUCACUGGUGGGAAUUUUAACUUUUAAGAUUUGUUGGAAUCUUUUUAUUAUCCUUCACAAUUUCAAAGCUUCUUUUAGUCAAAUAAUUCAGGGUUAUUUGAGGGGACAAAAAACCCAUAGUGCCUUGAUUUUGAUUCAGGUGAUAACUCACCAUCUUGAACUCAUUGUCUGGUUUCAGUAGCAGUUUUGAAACCUUAGUACAUGUUUAACAGCAUGUGGGUGUUGGUGCCAUUAUUACUCUCCUAAGUUCUGUGAAGACUACUUUGUCUCUGGGACUGGAGGUUACAAUGUUAGAAAUAAAAGAUGACAUCAUACCAUUAUCAGUCAUUAAUGUGAUUGCAAAGUUGUUUUCCUGAGUCAGCAUCUUCCUUUGUUAAAACUAAAUAGUCUUUUAAGAAUUAACAGUAAAUAUUUGCUAAAUAUGAUCUUGAUAUUCCUACAAGGAAAAAAGAAGGGACAGGAACUGGCUUGCCUUCACUACACUAGACUAUUGUAACUCACAUGCUUUCUAAACAUGAACUAAGAUUUCAUUUGGCCGUAUUGUAUUCUAAAGAUAAUAAAUUCCAACAGAAAUUGCAUAUACACCCAAGAAAUAAUUUUAUAGGUUUUAUGAUAAUAAUAAAUCUACAAAUGUAGAGCAAAGGAAAAUUAAUGGAAUAUAUCAGAAUAUAAAAAAAAAUAUUACUGAAGAAAGGGAGGACAGCAAGCUGUAAGAAACCAAAAUUGACCUUAACAGAAAAUGUAUAAUACAAUUUAACAUCAAAUGAAUUGAUGUUAAACAGAAAAGGUUUUCUGUUUCAAUGAAAAUAACCUAAUACAAAAUUGCUAGAUAAAGGAGUCAGAGGAAUCCUAAGUCUUUUCCUAAAAUCCUGAGACUUUUCUGACCUCAGCUUUGCUAUCAUCCUUAAAGGAUAUGCUUUGUCUUUCUGUAGAAAAUUGUACCUAGCCAUAUUUAAAUUUAGAAAAUUAAUGUUGAAAAAUGAAACAACCAAAGAAAGUUGGUAGGUACUUCUACAAAAGAAGUGUCACUAGAUACCACUUAAUAAUUAACAUAUCAAUGAGCUUCUUUUCUAGCUAAAUGAUCAUCUAGAAGAGAUUUCUGACUUUCUCUUGAAUGUCAAGAAUGUGUGUACUUGAAUGUACACAGAGACAAAAAUCCAUGAUGUAGAAUAUGGCAAGAGUAUUAAUUUUCUCCCCUUUCAAAUUGCCUUUCUCAACCAUAUGCUAUUCCAUAUACAUCUGAGUUGUGUCUCGUUUAUUUACUGGGAAUAUCUAGUGAUAAGGAUUUAGCUAACGAAAUUAUAUGAGGAACCAUAAUAUUAAGGUUUAUUCUCUAAAUACCAUACUUAAGUGAGCCGUGAGUACUUGUACUUAGGUUAACAAGAGCAAACAACAUAAGCCUCAGGGUCAACCUGUAGACUAUUCAUGUUCUUCUCUACCAGUCCCUUCAUUUUCCAUCCUCACAAAUAUUUGAGAAAGAAAAUUAGGUAAGAUUUGGCUUGAUCUUUCCUGUUGUUCUUUAUCCUUCAUCCCCCCACCCCCUCUUCGAAUUGGUUGCUAAAUUUAAAGGAACAGCAGCUAGGUGCUUUUCCUGUGCUGUCAGUGUGAAGUGUUAUAUUGGAAGAGCUAAGAAGCACCAGCCACCUCUAACUUCUUAGUUUUCCUCCUGCUGCCCCUGCCUGUGAGAAUUGGAGACUUAAGCAUUCUAAUGAAGAUGCAGCAGUUAACUAGUUCCUUUCUGUAGCCAAAGUUGUUCAUUACAAUUCUAAAUUUUAAGUCAUGAAAAAAAUACCAAAUGGGAACACCUUUAAACUACUAAAAAAAAAUCAUUAUCUUCCCUCUGCUUUACUGUCAUAUUCAGUUUUUCUUAAGUAUUCUUCUGGCACCUUUUAGGUUAGAAACUGUUGAAGACAAGGAGAAAUGUCAGCUGUUCUGCAUCGCUUGCUUUGGAGUGCUGUGACACGGGUGUGUCAGUAUUAUUUAAACAACUGCAGAUGAGAAUUACAAGGAAUAAUAAUGUUGCUGCUGAGAGUGAUGUCAAACCAGAACCUAGACUAGAAGUACUCCAUUUUUUUGAGUGGAAAACACUGGCCGGCAAGCAAAUAUGGGGAACAGGGGGAUGUAAGUCAGUAAUACAGUUCAGUCUCCAAACUCUGCCCUAGGCUGAGGGGAUAAUUUGAGUCCUGUGCUCCAUUUUGUCAUAUAAACGUGGUUUAGGGAUGCACUAGUAAUAAAAGGAUGCCAGUGGCUUUAAGCAGUUUGUUAUAACACACUCAGUGCAGGAUAGUGAAAAUGUUAUUUGGAUUCUUCAGAAGUGCUGUAGUAGUUGGUCAGUGCCUUAAAGCGGUGUGCUUGCAGUUAGGUAAGGGCACUGAAGCAGUGCAGCUCCAUAAAAAGGACAUUUUGUGUUGAAGGGAGAUGACCCCUUAAUCGAGAAGCCUUAGAAAGGGGACUCUUAAAAUAGUACUCUAGUUAGUGCCCUGCUCUACGUAGGUGAAAGUUAUUUUACACUGAUAUUACUCAGUGUGUUUUAAAAUGUUUCUUCUGCAUUGAGGUCAAUGUUUUGCUUUUAAGCAGAAUACAAGUAGCAUUUUACUCUAGUAUUGCUCAUUUCUACUUUUUUUUGGUGAUUGACAGUUUGCUGAUGAACACUUAUGUAUAACUUGUUCAAGUCUGUAUAACCUUUCCAAUAUCUGUGACCCUGUUCUUAGUCCCUCAGGAGUCAAUGUUGGAAGGUAGGAACACUGGAUAUUACUGUUGCUGAAUGAGUCUGACCAGCAGUAAACUGAUUGAAAUUUUUAAAUUGUGGAAAAGAAACAGCACAAAGGCACUUGCCAUCUGAAUAGGGAUUAGAGAGAAGAGAGCCUUUCAGUUUGUUUGGGUUUGGUGACCUUUCUUCUAAAAGGAGCGUCUGAAGUAAUUGCAAAGGAAAAGAGUUGACUAUUUUUAUAGCAUAUUUAAUAUAUUUGUAUAUAACUAUGAACAUAGUAGGAACCCUCCACAUGCCUCCCAUUUUUCUAAUUUACUCCCCCUUUUGCCAUAGCACUAGUAUAGCCUCAUCCGCAUGGGUAAUGUGCCUAUUGUCAGCCUACCAAAAGAUAGUGCUGCUGCUUUUUGAGACAGGUGAGAAGAUCGACUCUCAUGCCUGGGGAUCCUUUAUGCAGGAAUAGCACACACUUUAAAACAACAUACCACAGUCUAAAGCAUCAUUUUGAAAUGUUAACAAGCACUUUAUUGCAAUUAUUCAUUUUGAUAACGUUUAUUAUCUUAGGCAUUACUAUUUCUAAAGGAUCCCCAAAUCAUCACUUAGGUGAAAUUUUAAAAUGACACAUUUCUGAGAAAUGUUUAGAUCCAGUGAACCAGUAGGUUUAUGGGAGUGAUUUCAAGGUAGCCAAAUGUACUUUGACUUUUGUUUUGAAUGUGGUGGAGUCAAAAGAUUAUUAUAGAUGCCUAGUUCCAUUUAGACACUAUUGUAAACCUAUCUUGCCUAUUGUGUGGACACCAAAAGAGACCAAUGAGCCUGUUUAUCUUCAGAGGUCUAGGAAAAUUGCAUCGGUGUGAAUAGAUGUAUAGAACUAACCUAAAAGUGACUGAUAGUAAUAUUUUAGAAUACAAUAACUUCAAGAAUUAUUCUGGGUGUUUUAAAUGUGCUCUGAAAUGUUGGCAUGUCAUUUCAGCAUUUCCGUUUGAAUUGCUCUUGUCAUGUUUUUGCACAAAAGAACUGAGAAAAAUACUACUACUUUGGUUAAAGAAAAGGAAAAGUCUAAUUUGGUCUUAUUUUAAUGUCUCCUGUGGAAACACCGGGGAUGAAUUUUGUUAGUAUAGUUAUUAAUUCAGGGUAUUUAAAACAGCCCACAAAAAAUUAAACAAACGUGGAUAUUUAAAAAUUAAAACACCUUCUUUCCAUGUGACUGUUUUGCGUAUUUCCCCCCAUGUCAUAAUUUAACACUACAUUCCUUGUAUUUCUUAAAUAAAAUAUUUUGCAGGUUCUGUUGAGUAUUUAACAGUAUUUUGUAAGCUGCCUGGGUUUUCCUAAGGAAACGUUCUUUAGUAAAAUAGGGUAUUGUUUAUGAAGAGACUAUUAAGUGAAAUUCCAUCACUACCACCAGCAAACACUGAGGGUGCUUGCAUUAAGUGACAAUCAAAAUAGUAUUUAUGGGAGAAUUUAGAAAGUGGUUUUAAAGAAGCAAUUGCUUUGAAAGCAGUUCUCUGGGUUUCUUGAAUAAAAAUGGCUAACUGUAUUUAUUUAUAUUUUUUAAAUAUCUGUGUUGUUUUCUCAUCAGAGUGAUUUCACAGUGUUAUGUAUUUAAUUUGUGGUUUGUUUUGUUUUGCCUCGUGAUCUUUUUUCUUAGAGCACUGGCUCUUCUAAUCUGGGGUUCAGUCUCUAGAGUUCUCACAAUCACUUUUCUUGGGCAAUCCAAAUCUGACUUCAGGACAGGAGUGGCGGGCCCAAAUCCAGAUGCUUCUGCACUUCCGUCCUGUUCUCAAGUAAGAAAAAAAAAAAAUAACUCCUUUCAAAUCUGCUUCAUAUAGCUCCAACCUUUUUCUAGUUUCACUUGCUGCCUUUUCUAUUUUAUGGACACUUUUUAUAUGAUCACUUCCCCAACACAGCCAAAGGCCAGUAUGACAGGACCAGUGGCACACAUUGCCUCUAUUUUGCCCAUUUAGGGAUGUUAGUAAAAUGAUCAGCAUCUUCUAAUGGCUGUCCCUAUCCUGUCCAUAUUAAAGUCAUUUAAAGUCCUUAAAUAUAGAUGGACAAAAAAUAUGUACUCUACACACUGCAAACUCUUCUACAAAAGUGUUUGCUGUCUUUAUAUAGUGUAAUGUUGCUUGGUCCUUUAAAAACAAAACCUUUAUACACAGCACUGUCCAUUAAAGCAGUGCUUGAAGCUUUGAAGCCUCGAGUUGAGGCUACUUCUUGCUGGUAUGCAUUGAAAUGUAAUUCUUCACUCGAGGGCUCUUGAGUCCAACAGGUCAGGGACGGGCAUACUCUCUAACUUCUGAGAUUCCUUAAAGUAUGGCAAUGAAAGCAUGUCAGCCACAAGUUGGAUUUGAUGAUAUAAAAAAGGUUCAACUUUGAGGUUAAAUUGAAGGUGUCAUUUUCAAAUGUAUGGUUUUAAAUUGCUGAGGAAAUUGUGUUAUCACUUGAAAAACUACAUUCAAAUGUUUUAUGAUGUUUUUAAGUUGGCUUGUACUGGUGCAUGUUCACUGCUGGCAAUGGCUGUACCAGUACUAGAGUUGAAAUGUAGGAAAAACUGUAUUCAGAUUGAAUUUUGUAACUAGACAAUCACCAUCAAGCAAAAACAUUGGCCAAGAAAUAUCCUCUUUAAUACAUAUGUCAGCCAUGACUGACAGUUAGGUCAUUCUGGAAUUACUUUGAUAGCUAUUUUACUAUGAUGUUAAGUUGGGGAAGGCCUCAGCGUGGCACUUGCACAUUCACUCUAUGUAAAGAUUGAAGCCCAAAGAUGAGUUAAAUUCAGUGCUGUAUUAAAACCAGUUAGUGCAAAAAAAUGUUCUAUCUUUGUAAAUUUUUAAUUGUUAACAUUGGUUGGUAGUUGUAAAAACAUACACCAGAUUCUUUCUAAUGUUCUGUGUGGUUCUUAGUGUGCUACUCUUGACAUUGCUGUCUUUACUGCUUGGUUCUUGGUUUUAAGAAAGAAUUAGAUAUAGCCCAUCAUUCUUACUUCCAAAAGGGUGGCGCUAUGAAUGGCUAACCAUCUUGAGGUAACAUCUAUUUUUCCUAAAGCAAUCCACCCAAAUUGAUUUACAAAAAAUGAGACUGACAUUUUCCAGGUAUUUGCCCCAAAUCCUAAAUUGCACAGCAGCAUGAAGGGAUACUGAAUGGUUUCCACGGUGCUAUAUUAGGUUCCCUGCUGAUUUUCAUGAGCUAUGUUUGGAAAUAUAACAUUGUAUAAAAUAUGUGGAUCAUUUUGUUAUCAGUUAAAUACUGCCAUUUUAAUUUGGUGUUAUUAAUUGGUUCUACUUGUUUUUCUUCAAAACUAUUUGAGAAGAGGUAAAAUGUGUUAUUAGCCUACCUCCACAAAGGCCUCUUGCUGUAUAAUCACUUUCCCAGGUUAUGACGUGCAUAGUUUUUUAUAACUACAUGUACUAUUAUAAUGCUCUUUCCCAUAGACUCUUAUAAUGUAUUCAGAACCUUAAAUUAGAGUAAAAGAGCCAAGCAGUAGCAUUGUUUUUUUGUAAAUGUAAUUAGUCAGACUUUGUUUCCUUACUCAAUUUUAAAAAUAAAAAUACCUCAGUGCUAUGUUUUUUUCAGUAUCACCUGCAUUUCUCAAAAAAUAACACCUGCUUUAUGUGGCACAUAACUGGUAAGAAUCACAUUAUUUUGGAAUUUAAAAAAGGACUAUUAAAUAUUUUAAAA